GUUAAACCGGAAAAGUGAGGGAUGAGAGAGAAUUCCGGAGAAGUUCGGAAGACACGCUGUGUUUUAGGUGCCGUGCAGGCUUUAGAGGCUGGGCGGUAUUGGCUUCUUAUUUGACAUUUCCUGACGGGGUGAUGUUGACCCGGCUGAAAGCAAAAUCAGAGAGGAAGCUUGCAAAACAGAUUUGCAACGUUGUUUUGGAUCAUUUUGAAAAGCAAUAUUCCAGAGAACUUGGAGAUGCCUGGAAUACAGUAAGGGAUAUACUAACAUCUCCAUCCUGUUGGCAAUAUGCUGUUCUUCUUAACCGGUUCAAUUAUCCUUUUGAACUGGAAAAGGAUUUACGUUUGAAGGGCUAUCACUCACUCUUUCAAGGAUCUUUGCCCUAUUAUCCCAAAUCAAUGAAGUGUUACCUUAGCAGAACUCCACACAUAAUGCCUUCAGAAAGACACCAGAUUGGAAAUCUGAAAAAAUACUAUCUCUUGAAUGCUGCCUCUCUUCUCCCCGUACUGGCUCUGGAAUUGAGGCAUGGGGAGAAGAUUCUGGAUCUGUGUGCUGCCCCUGGAGGUAAAUCCAUAGCUCUGCUGCAGUGUGCUUAUCCAGGUUAUCUUCAUUGUAAUGAAUAUGAUAGUCUGAGAUUGAGGUGGCUGAGGCAGACCUUAGAAUCUUUCAUCCCACAGCCCUUGGUAAAUGUAAUUAAAGUGUCUGAAUUGGAUGGCAGAGAAAUGGGAGAUGCCCAGCCUGAAACAUUUGACAAGGUAUUAGUUGAUGCUCCAUGUUCAAAUGAUCGAAGCUGGUUGUUCUCUUCUGAUUCUCAGAAGGCAGCCUGUAGGAUAAGCCAAAGGAGGAAUUUGCCUGUUCUACAGAUAGAACUCUUAAGGUCUGCAAUUAAGGCCUUACGUCCUGGAGGGCUGCUUGUGUACUCAACAUGCACACUUUCCAAGGCAGAAAAUCAAGAUGUGAUCAGUGAAGUUUUAAACUCCUGUAAUAACAUCAUGCCUGUGGACAUUAAGGAAAUGGCAAGAGCUUGCUCCCAAGACUUCACAUUUGCACCCACUGGCCAGGAAUGUGGGCUUUUGGUGAUUCCAGAUAAGGGGAAAGCCUGGGGCCCAAUGUACGUGGCCAAAUUGAAAAAAUCACAAACUACUUGAAAUUGUUGAUAAGCAUUUUUGUAAACCAUUGCAUGGAUAGUACAUAAAUGUAUUAUUGUAUUUAUUUUUCUACUUUCUCUCCGGGUUAACAUUUAAAUAAUAAUGGAGUCACUUUCCCUAGGUCUGUUUGGAAUUCUAUUUAACUGAUACUUUAGCAUCUCGGAAUUUUUCAAAUGUAUUUUUUCCUGGAAAUAUAGCUAUAGUAAUGAUUUAAGAUGGUGCAGAUGGUGUUUGUUCUGCAUAAUAAAUCUACUGUCUUUUACUUGGCAUUUUGUAGUUAAAUUAAUCAGGAUACAUUGUCUUAUGCAUUAAAUGUUAGAAAUACAUUCCAUCCAUAAUCUUGGUGCUUUGAACCUUUAAAAAUGCACCUUUGCUGGCCCUCUUGUCAUUUUUUUUUCCUAUCAAAUAUAUAGAUUCUUUCAGAGUUUUUUCUCCCUUUUCUGUAAGAACUGAUUGGUAUUCUGAGACUAACUUCUUAUAAACACUAUUUCUAGUGCUAACAAAAUACAUUUCUCAUUUGCCAAGUUGUUUUUUGUUAAGAACUAUCUCUUGUUUACUGCAAAGGUCAGUGACUCUAUUGACACUAGCUUUAUUUCUCCACUUUUUUUUGUAUUCACAAAUACAAAUUGAAAGGGUAAAUUAUGUUGAAAGGCCAUUAGAACAGCAGAUUCACAUGCACAUGUUUGACUUUCGACAUUCAGCUUGUAGAAUAAUGGAGUCUAUCCAGCAGGCUAUAAAGCAAGUACUUGAGACAAAACCAGAAUGAUUAAUAACUGCAAUAACUGAACUAUAUUUGGAGAGUUUUGCUACAUAAUUGCAGUCAUAAUGAGCACUACAGAAUCUGAUUAUCUUACAGUUGCAAUCUGGAGGGGCAUUUUAUUUCACUCCGUUAUGAAAUGUUAUCUGAGAGUAUGAUGUCACAUAUUAAUGUACAAGAGGGAGAUGCCUAAUGAGAGUGGAUUAUACUAUUACCAAAACCCAAUACCAUUUACUAAGUGGCUCUCCUUGUUUACACAAAUCCUGGGAAUAUUGUGUACAUGUCUGUUUUAUGUACUUGGGAUUUUAGCCUCAGGUUUGGAUUGUGUUUUCUCUAGAAAUUGCUUCACUCAGAGUCAAAACAUAUUUUUGUAACUAUUAAGAAAAAUUAUAUAGCGUAUUUCAAAAAUUCUAUUUAGAAAUUAGCUUAAAAAAAAAAACCUCUUGACUAUAGAAAUACAAAAUUCUGCUGAAGCGGAAUCCUUUUGAAUUGUUAUAUUACUAUUUGCUCAUUUACUGUUUUUACUUUGCAAACAUGUAUAACUGGGUUCCUGUAACUGGGAAGUCCUGAUUAGAAUGUUUUUCUGUAUCUUCAUUGCCUUAACCAUUUUGUUUCCUUUAUAUCCAGCCAAUAUGUUUGAAGAAAACUUGAUCUCUUGGACUCAAUCAAAUGUACCAGGUUAAUACAGAAGAUUAAUAAUGAUGGAAAA